UGCUUUUGCCUGUCGCUGAAGUCCGCGCUCGACUGAUCGUGUCUGCUCAUAUUAAUGAUGGCUCCGCUCGCUUCAUCAACACGUGAGUUAUUCACUGAAGCAGUUCGGGCGAUAUUGGAAGCCUGGUCGGUACUUCAAAUUGCAGUUGAUAAUGGUUUUGGUGGUGCUUACAGUCAGCAGAAGGCCGACUGGAUGGUGGAUGUGCUUCAGCAGUAUUUUCAUGACAAUGAUGACCUGCAGCAGUGUGAAGUGGAGGAUUUUAUCUCGGACCUGAUGAACAAUGAAUUUGACACUAUGGUAGAUGAUGGCAGCUUACCACAGGUGGCACAGAAGGUGUGUUUGAUGUACCAGCUGUGUGAUCAGGGCAAACUGACCGAGGUUAGAGAGCAGAUCAGCCAGCUGGCACAGAAAAAAAACACUGGGCGUGCAAAAGCCACAGCUGUGAAAACACCAGCAGGCGAUGAUGAGGAGGAAGAGGACAAUGAUGAAGAGGCUAUGGAGUGUGAUGGAGCUAGCGAUGGACCAUCAGUCAGCAGCACAGCGGUGAAGCAACAGCCCCCUCCUCAGGUUAUGAAUAAUGAUGAAGAGGAUGAUGGAUGGACAGUUGUGUGCAGGAAAAAGUGACUUUAAAAAACAUAAAUGAGUAAAAACUGAUAGUUAAGGGCUUUUGUGCCACUCUGGAUUUUUGUGUAUGUGGUUACAGAUGUGUUGUGAAACCCACUAUAUGCUUCCACUGAUGGAUGUCCUGCCAUUCAGUCUGUGCAGAUUCAAAUGGGAUAUUAUUACCUCACAGCACCCGGUGGAGAGAUUUUUAAGAGUAUAAACUAAAUCAGUUCAAACACACGUUGGUUAUAGUUAAAUUUUAGCUGGUGAAAAGUCUAGUUUGCUUUACAAAGGUGCAUUAUUUAUAUGCAUUAUUUACUAUAAUAACAUGUUGACCUGAUUAUGUUUCCAAACUCCUGUAUGCCUGUUAUUUAUAACGUGCUGUUGUCGCCCUCUAGUGGUCAUAACAGGAACGGCAAGAGAAAUAUUGACAAUUGCAGUUACUGGGUUUUUAAUUGAUUAUUCUUUAUUCGAAAUGUACUUAAUAAUUUUUAUUUGAUAAAUCUUAAAGGACUCGUUUACCCAGAAAUGUAAAUUCUGUCAUUUACUGACCUUCAUGUCUAUUUAUUUUGUCCAAGGAAAACACACUGCAUGUAAUAUGUUUGGGUCAGUUUUCCAAGUCAAAAAGUGCAUAAGGACCAUAAGUUUCAUAUUUUCUGAUUUUAGUCUUUGAAGAUAAGGUUGUGCAGUUUGCUUGGUGUUGAUCAAGCAAUUUGUCAUUUUAAUUUUAUUACAAGUUUUUCAUAUGAUAGUUUUCUGUAUGCAUAGCACACGUCAAACAUGAUGAGAUGCACAAUGGAAAACGUGUAAGAAAAUUAUAAACAGAAACUCAUGCUUCAAAAAGGAUAGGUGAACAAGAUUAAAUAGUCCAAUGUCAUCAGUUUACUAAAAUUGUUGCCAAAGUUUUGUCUCCGUCAAUGAUGAAUACAGCAUAUAGCAUUAUGGUCAGAUAAUCCGCACUGCAAAAAUUAUUUUCAAGAAAAAAAUCUUUGUAUUUUUGUCUUGUUUUCAGUAAAAAUAUCUCAAAAAUCUUAAAUUAAGAUGCUAUAUCUUGAUAAGCAAAACGACCCAAGAAAAUAGUCUAGUUUUUAGACCACAAAUAUAAAAUUUAAGUGAUUUUGUGCAUAAAACACGCAAAAAAAAAUCUGCCAAUGGGGUAAGCAAUUUUUUCUUGAAUUUUUUUUAAUUUAGUGUUUAAGAAAAAUGUUCAAGAAUUUUUUGCUUGAAUUUGAUAUUUUUGUUCUAAAAAACUAGACUUAUUUUCUUGAGUUGUCUUGCUUAUCAAGAAAAAGAAUUUUAAUUUAAGAAUUGUUAGAUAGUAUUUUUGUCUUGUUUUCAGUAAAAAUAAGACAAAAAUACCAAGAAAUUGUUUCUUGAAAAUCAUUUUUUGCAAUGUGUGCUUUUCACUUGAUUUUUAUUCAUACUCACUCCAUACAAAAAUAUCUUCCAUUCAUCACAGCUAUUUACAAAGCACAAAAUGUCUUCUAGCCCCAUACGGCAACAUGUAUUUUUAAUAUAUUUUGUAGAAAGUAAUGAUCAAUUAAAUAUAUUUUUGAAUUUGAAUAUUUAAUUUGAACCUUCAUAUAUCAACAUUUGAAAAUGUUUUUCAAGGCCAAUCAAAUAUAUUUCUAAUUUUACAUCCCAUAUGGCAAAAAAUAUAUUCUUUGCCAGAAUUUAUUUUAAAUAAAUGCUAAAUACCUGUUAAUUUUAUAAAGUAUAUUUAAGUUGAAAAUAUAUUUAAUUUGAACCUUUUUAAAACAUUUUUGCAGGUUCGUAAAAAAGUUUUUUUCCAAUGCGAUUUUUUUUUAUUGAAGUAUGUGCCAGCAGCCAUAUCACCCUGUAGCCCAAGACAGCCUGCCCACUGAAGCUAAGCAGGGCUGAGCCUGGUCAGUACUUGGAUGGGAGACCACCUGGGAAAACCAGGUUGCUGGUAGAGGUGUUAGUGAGACCAGCAGGGGGUGCUCACCCUGUGGUCUGUGUGGGUCCUAACACCCCAGUAUAGUGACGGGGACACUAUACUGUCAAAAAGCACCGUCUUUCGGAUGAGACGUUAAACCGAGGUCCUGACUCUCUGUGGUCAUUAAAAAUCCCAGGAUGUGCUUCAAUAAAGGGCGGUUCCCCGGCAUCCUGGCCAAAACUUGCCCAUUGGCCUACUAAUCAUCCCUCAUACUAAUUGGCUAUAUCACUCGGUCUCCUCUCCACUAAUAAGCUGAUGUGUGGUGGGCGUUCUGGCGCAAUAUGGCUGCCGUCGCAUCAUCCAGGUGGAUGCUGCACAUUGGUGGUGGUUGAGGAGAUUCCCCUGUUCAUAUUUAAAGUGCUUUGACUACUGAGAAAAGCGCUAUAUAAAUGUAAGGAAUUAUUAUUAAAUAAAAUACUCUGAUAUCA